UUUGUAUUUCUUCCCACCGAAUGCCACGUCAUCAUAACUACGCAGGAAUCGAAAAUCGAACAGUCACGGACCCAAAUUCGAAUCUGAAGAAACUCAUCGGAGCUUGAUUCUCUCCGUCGUCGCCGAGAUCGAUUCCAUCCUGUGGCGGCUCCGAAUCGAGUGGGGAGAGUAUGGAUUGGGAGAACGUAGCAGCAGAGGACGUGAUCGAGGCGCUGAGAGAAGUGGAGUGGUCGACGCCUCCUCGCUCAUUCGGCGAAUUCUUCUCUAGAUUCGCGUUUCCUCGCUCUUUCUCUAAGUGGAAGAGCCGUCUCAAAUGCAAUCUCUACUACUAUCGGACGAAUUACUUUAUCCUGGUGAUUCUUGUUCUAGGUCUUGCUCUGAUUACAAGACCAUUGGCUAUUCUUGGUGCUGCUUUCACCGCCUUGAGCUUAGCUUUCCUUAACGAUAGUUUUGCGGCUAGUUUUAAUGAGAAGUUCAUAAGGACUAUUAGGCUUUUCUCUCCACACUUGGCAGCUAAGAUGAGGCCUCCUCACAUGCCUGUCAUACGUGGGAGAUCAGCAGCAAGAAAGACGGUGUACGUUUGUGGGAAACCACGAUGGGUGUUUGUCGUUACUUUCCUAACAGCAAGUCUUGUCAUGUGGUUCUCUUCCUGCGGUUUGUUGUGGGUCCUCUAUGCAUUUCUCACUUCCCUCGCCCUGAUCAUUGUUCAUGCAAGCGUGAGAACACCAAACCUCAAGGCACGCUUAAACACAUUCCGUGAAGAGUUCCGGGCUGUCUGGCGUAACUACAGCGAACUUUAAAGUCACAAGGUCGCCUUAAGCAAUCUAGAAGCAAAUCGAGCAGCUGUCAUGUUGUCAAGUAAGGGCAUGUCUCUCGUUGUUUUGUUAGAUGAUGGCAGACACAGCUCUCAGUUGGUUAAGAUGGUUAUAAGCUUUGGAUCAUAGACAGAAUAGAUUCACUUGAAGUAGUCAACAUACUUGACCGAGUUACUUCUUUUUGCUGUAGUGAUGCUCGUACUUACUGUGUUAGUGAUUUGAUUUCAGAAUACUCAUUUUUAUUAUAUAAAAUAGAUCCAAACAGAACA